ACAGACAGGGAGGGAGAAUAUCCUGAUUACUCAGUAUAGAAGGGGUUAAGUCCUCAGCCAUCCUAUUCUAAAGUGAUUUAUGAUGAUGGGUAGUGUUUCAAAACUUUCCCCCACCCAAAGAACAGCCCUCUCCCUCCCCACCGAGUCCACUCUCAACGUGCUGAAAUGGGAAGGAGGCGGUGUUUUGCUGAUCUGUUAAAUUCUUAGUGAAGUUUCCUUGAUUUCCAGUGGCUGCUGUUGUUUGAGUUUGGUUUGGAUCAAAACUGAGGUUGUCCUGGCAUUCCUGGGACUGAAACCAGGCAAGAGGAAGAAGAAACAGAAGGAGAAGGAAAAGAGGAGGGGAAAAAAGGUGGCAAGAAAUAAAGGGAGGAGAGAAGCGCAGGAAAAGAGAAAAAGCCUAUUUUCAACAUCACAUUCCUGUGUUUUCCCUCAGCCUGGAAAACAUAUUAAUCCCAGUGCUUUUACGCUCGGAAACAAAGGGACCAAGCCAGGCUGUGGGGAAAAGGGUGAUAAGAAGGAUCCUGGGACUCUAAAGAGAGAAGAGUGAGAAUCGGAAAUACCUGGGGCUCCACUUCAAGGGGCGUCCUGUCGGCACAGGGAUUGGCACACACAGAUACAAGGCUGAGCAGAAACGACAGAAAAAUGGAGAUGCAAAGACUUAAAAGGACAGCUCCUGUCACCUCAUCCUGCUUGUCAAGAAGGUAAAAAGCCAGAAAGAAAAGAAGAAAGCAGCUGAGCCAUCAGGUCAGGACAGGCGACUUUGGGAGCUGGAGCUGCAGCUCACCCCAGCCUUGUAAAGGAGGCAGAGGGUUGGGAGGAAAAGCAUUUCAUCUAGGAAACUGUCCUGGGACCACACUUCAGAUUGCUUUUUGGAUCCUCUGCAUUCCAUCUCUAUGAGCCACAAUUGGAUUGCACAAUGACAUGGAGGAUGGGACCCAGUUUUACCAUGCUGUUGACAAUGUGGCUGGUGUGUGGAUCCGAACCCCACUCCCAGGCCAUGAAUCGAGGGGCCAAUGGAGGACAGAAAGCGCCUCUGGCCUCCCCAGUCAACAGAAGGCCAGCUCGGUUGCUGAGGCACACGGGGAGGUCUCAGGGAAUUGAGAGAACCGCUCUGGGAGGACGAAAUCAUCAGCCUCUCCAAAGAAGGAGCAGCGGGCCGGUGUUAAGAAUGGCUCAUGAAAAGGCCCCUCCAGCCACGCUGGACAUCAACGGGGCCCCGGUGAGACCUGAACGGAGACCGACAGUCCGGAGUUCUCCCCGUGAGAUGGUCCGAGAUGAGGGGUCCUCAGCUCGGUCAAGAAUGUUGCGCUUCCCCUCUGGGUCCAGCUCUCCCAACAUCCUCGCCAGCUUUGCAGGGAAGAAUCGCGUGUGGGUCAUCUCGGCCCCUCACGCCUCGGAAGGCUACUACCGCCUGAUGAUGAGCCUCCUGAAGGACGACGUGUACUGCGAGCUGGCGGAAAGGCACAUCCAGCAGAUAGUGCUGUUCCACCAGGCCGGCGAGGAAGGCGGCAAGGUGCGGAGGAUCACCAGUGAGGGCCGGGUGCUGGAGCAGGCCCUGGACCCCAGCCUCAUCCCGAAGCUGAUGAGCUUCCUGAAGCUGGAGAGGGGGAAGUUCGGCAUGGUGCUGCUGAAGAAGACGCUGCAGGUGGAGGAGCGCUACCCUUACCCGGUCAGGCUCGAGGCCAUGUACGAGAUCAUCGACCAGGGCCCCAUCCGCAGGAUAGAGAAGAUCAGGCAGAAGGGCUUUGUCCAAAAGUGUAAGGCCUCCGGGGUGGAGGGCCAGGUGGUGGAGGAAGGGAACGACGGCGGGGGCGCGGGAAGGCCAGGCCCGAGCAGCGAGAAGAGGAAAGAGGACCCGAGGAGAGCACAAGUCCCACCCACCAGGGAGAGUCGGGUGAAGGUGCUGCGAAAACCGGCCACCACGACAGCAGCACCUCCGCCUCCUGCUCCCACCCUGAGGGUCACCACCCUGCCUCCUGCUUCAGUCACAACAGUGACUCGGGCCACCUCGCGGGUGGUAACUGUAGCUGCCAGACCUACAACCACCAUGGCCUUUCCGACCACACAGAGGCCCUGGACCGCCCGGGUGCACCCCUUCUCAGAGGCCCACAGGCCCCCAGCAACAGCGGAGGUGACCACUGUCAGGAGUGCCGUAGCCUCAGAGAAUCUCUACCCUCCACCCAGGAAGGAGCAGCACAGGGAGAGGCCACAGACCACCCGGAGGCCCAGCAAGGCCACCAGCGUCGACAGCUCCACCGCGCCCCCUCCCACGCCCACCUGGGAGCACAGCACCAGGGCAGCCGGCCGUUUCCGGGACAACCGCACAGACAGGCGGGAGCAUGGCCACCGGGACCCCAAUGUGGUGCCAGGUCCUCACAAGCCAGCAAAGGGGAAACCUCCCAAAAAGAAAGCCCAAGACAAAAUUCUUAGCAAUGAGUAUGAGGAUAAGUAUGAUCCCAGCCGGCCCACUGCCUCUCAGCUGGAGGAGGAGCUGCAGGUGGGGAAUAUUCCCCCGCAAAAAGCAAAGGAGCCUAAAAAGCAUGAAAAGCUUGAGAAACCUGAGAAGGAGAAGAAAAAAAAGGUGAAGAAUGAAAAAGCAGACAAGCUACUCAAAAGUGAAAAGCAAGUGAAGAAGGACAAGGCUGAGAAAAAGAACAGGCCGGAGAAAGACAAGAGCAAGAAGAAAAAAGCAGGUAAAACAGAGCAGGAUGGCUACCUGAAACCCACCACAAAGUACUUCACUCAGAGUCCCAAGAAGCUGGUGGCUGACCUGCUGGGCUCCUUUGAAGGCAAACGAAGGCUCCUUCUGAUCACCGCUCCUAAGGUUGAGAACGACAUGUAUGUGCAACAGCGAGAUGAAUAUCUGGAAAGCUUCUGCAAGAUGGCCACCAGGAAAAUCUCUGUGAUCACCAUCUUCGGCCCUGUCAACAACAGCACCAUGAAAAUCGACCACUUCCAGCUAGAUAAUGAGAAACCCAUGCAAGUGGUGGAUGAUGAGGACUUGGUAGACCAACAUCUCAUCAGCGAGCUGAGGAGAGAGUAUGGAAUGACCUAUGAUGACUUCUUCAUGGUGCUAACAGAUGUGGACCUGAGAGUCAAGCAAUACUAUGAGGUGCCUAUAGCAAUGAAGUCUGUGUUUGAUUUGAUCGAUACUUUCCAGUCCCGAAUCAAGGACAUGGAAAAACAGAAGAAGGAGGGCAUUGUUUGCAAGGAAGACAAGAAGCAGUCACUGGAGAACUUCCUAUCCAGGUUCCGAUGGAGGAGGCGGUUGCUGGUGAUCUCUGCUCCUAAUGAUGAAGACUGGGCCUAUUCACAGCAGCUCUCGGCCCUCAGCGGUCAGGCAUGCAAUUUUGGUCUGCGCCACAUAACCAUUCUGAAGCUUUUAGGUGUUGGAGAAGAAAUUGGGGGAGUCUUAGAACUGUUCCCGAUUAAUGGGAGCUCUGUGGUUGAGCGAGAAGACGUACCAGCCCAUUUGGUGAAAGACAUACGUAACUAUUUUCAAGUGAGCCCUGAAUACUUCUCUAUGCUUCUAGUUGGAAAAGAUGGAAAUGUAAAAUCCUGGUAUCCGUCCCCAAUGUGGUCCAUGGUGAUUGUGUACGAUUUAAUUGAUUCGAUGCAACUCCGGAGACAGGAAAUGGCCAUUCAGCAGUCACUGGGGAUGCGCUGCCCAGAAGAUGAGUAUGCAGGCUACGGUUACCAUAGUUACCACCAAGGAUACCAGGAUGGUUACCAGGAUGACUACCGUCAUCAUGAGAGUUACCACCAUGGAUACCCUUACUGAACAGAAAUAUGUAACCUUAGCUCCAGCCAGUUUCCCCUUCAGCUGUUAAAGCCACACGAGGCCAGCUACGUAAAGGAGUUCUGCCUACAUUCCACACUGCCCACUGUGUUCCCCUCCUUUUUCUUUCAGUGUUCUUCCGAGAUUAAAUAAUAGCAAACCUUUGUCUACUCGUGAGUUGUUAUUGGAGCCUUCAAUCAUUAAGACAUUGAAAAGAUUUGCUUGUUUCUCUAACUGGAGGAGAUCUAGUGCGAACUAAUGGUAUUGAAAAUGGAUAUUUCACUUUUCUUACAUGAUGAAUAUGACUUGGAAUACAAAUGUCUAUAGAAUAAGUA